AUGCAGACUUUCCCCAUCCUCGUAGCUCUUGCCUUAGCUGGCUCCGCGGCUUCUCAGCAAAUUUGGGAUAUUUGGCAAACAACAUGGGAUCGUUCAAAGCUCUUCAGCUCUUUGUCUCCUACUUCCCCCAUCAACUUCGUCAUGCCAGGUCCGAUUGGCAGCGCGGAUAUCAUCCUCAACGAUGCAAUUAAAUUUCAGACUAUUGCCGGUUUUGGAGGCUCCCUCACCGACUCAUCUGCUCUCGUUUUGAACAACUUGAAGUCAACCAACUCUCAAAAUUACUGGACGUUGCUGAAUCAUAUGUUCUCCCCAACGUAUGCCGCUAACGCCGCUGGUCUCAAUUAUAUUCGUGUUACAGUCGGAGCUUCUGAUUUUUCUGCGAACCUUUAUAGUCUAGAUGACAGCAGCGGUGAUACAUCUUUCAGCAACUUCAAUAUCAACAAGGUCCCAUCCUAUGUUUUUUCCGUUCUCAAGGAUAUUCGGGGGAUCAAUUCUAAUCUGAAAGUCCACAUUAUCCCAUGGUCCCCACCAGGUUGGAUGAAGGAUAGUGGGAGUAUGAAUGGCGGAUCCUUACAGUCAAAAUACGUCCCUGCUUAUCCUACGUACCUUCUCAAAGCCGUACAAGGUUUCCAAAGUCAAGGUAUCGCCAUAUAUGCAAUAUCUAUUCAGAAUGAACCCCAGAAUAACAACCCUACAUACCCCACCUGCACAAUGUCGCCCGCUGUUGAAGCUCUAAUUGGCGCCGCACUGCGCACGCUCCUCAAUAUCAACGGUCUUUCAACUGUAAGAGUCAUUGGUUACGAGCAUAACUGGGAUGACGCUGGGGAAUACCCAGUGGCUCUGAUGGAGGACGCUGGAAACUCCUUCGCCGGCGUGGCGUUUCAUUGCUAUGCUGGCGCUGUUUCUAACCAAGACUCCUUCCACAACUCCUUCCCAACCAAGGAAAUCUACUUCUCAGAGUGCGCCGGAACAGUAGGGUCUGAUUGGUGGAGUGAUAUCAAGUGGUACAUGGAUAAUCUUUGGAUUGGGAGUCUCGAACACAACGCGAAAUCUGGUUUGAUGUGGAAUAUGGCUGCCGAUGCCAACGGAAAUCCGAAGCUGCCUGGUACAAAUAGUUGCGGCGGUGCGGGGUGCCGCCCUCUCGUCACAGUGAACGGCGACGGAAGCUACACCUUGAAUCAGGAGUUCUAUUCCAUGGCUCAAGCGUCGAAGGCAAUUAUUCCCAUCGAUCCCGCAGGCCCUUUCGGACAACGAAUUAGUGUUUCCGUUGGAGGGCCUCUCAAUUGGGCCCUCAGAGUUGGUGCAUACGUUAUCACAAGAGUAUCUUCGAGUGAUUGGUCGCAGGUCUCCAUUGUCGUGAUGAAUUGGGCCGAUGGAGGAAAUCCUACGCCUGUCACUGCUACAAUCGAAUUCCGAGGGAUGCAGGCGAAGUACACGUUUCCGGUCGGUGUAACGACCCUGUGGUGGUUUGCGCCCGCGGCGAGUAGCCAAGCCAGCACGACGAUGGAAUUUAUCGCCACGACGCUAGGUGCCGACGGGACUACGAAAGGCGCUGGAACCUUGAAGACCCCGAACGUGACACGUGCAAAUGAAACGACUGGUGAAUUCAUUCCCGUAAAUUCAACCUCUACGGUGAGGGGGAAAUUGACUUGA